GGCCCGCCGAUUUAAAGGGGCAGCGGCGCCGGCCGGGGGAACCAUGCCGAACUUCUGCGCGGCGCCCAACUGCACCCGCAAGAGCACCCAGUCCGACCUGGCCUUCUUCCGCUUCCCCCGCGAUCCGGCCAGAUGUCAGAGAUGGGUAGAGAACUGUCGAAGGGCAGAUUUAGAAGAUAAAACUCCAGAUCAACUCAACAAGCAUUACAGAUUGUGUGCUAAACAUUUUGAGACUUCUAUGAUAUGCAGAAGUAGCCCAUACAGAACGGUUUUACGGGAUAACGCUGUGCCAACUAUAUUUGAUCUUACAAGUCACCUGAACAAUCCUCACAGCAGACAUAGGAAAAGGAUAAAAGAGCUGAGUGAAGAUGAAAUAAGAACAUUGAAGCAACAAAAGAUUGACGAUGCUUUUGAACGGAAGCAGGCAACUCAAGAGUCAAAUGAAAACAAUGAGCAAAACACUGUCUCAGAGGAAGGAGGGGAAGAACAAGAGGAAAAAUCCGUCCCCUUAACACUGGAAGAAAGAGAAAACAAAGAUUACCUUAAAUCAUUAUUUGAAAUUUUGAUCUUAAUGGGUAAACAAAAUAUUCCAUUGGAUGGCCAUAAUGCUGAUGAACUUCCAGAAGGCAUUUUUACUUCAGAUAACUUUCAGGCUCUACUGGAAUACAGAAUAAAUGGUGGCGAUGACGUUCUGAGAAAACGAUUUGAGAUGACUGCAGUCAACCUCGAGUAUUGUUCAAAAACUCAGCAGAAACAAAUGCUUGAGAUCUGUGAAAAUUGUAUUAGAGAGGAGACACUGAGGGAAGUAAGAGACUCACACUUCUUUUCUAUUGUCACCGAUGAAGUCGUGGACAUAGCAGGAGAGGAACAUCUGCCGGUGCUGGUGAGAUUCGUUGAUGAGUCUCACAAUCUCAGAGAAGAAUUCAUAGGGUUUUUACCUUAUGAGGCUGAUCCUGAAAUUUUAGCUGUUAAGUUCCAUGCAACUAUUACUGAAAAGUGGGGUCUAAACAUGGAGUACUGUCGGGGUCAAGCCUACAUUGUCUCCAGUGGAUUUGCUUCUAAAAUGAAAGUUGUGGCUACAAGACUCUUGGAAAAGUAUCCGCAAGCUGUGUAUACGCUAUGUUCCUCAUGUGCCUUAAAUGUUUGGCUGGCAAAAUCUGUUCCUGUUGUUGGUGUUUCCAUUGCAUUAGGAACAAUUGAAGAAGUUUGCUGUCUUUUUAAUCAGUCUCCACAAUUACUAGUAGAACUGGACAACACAAUUUCUGCUCUUUUUCAGGACAAUAAUGAAAAAGGUAAUGAGUUGAAGAAGAUCUGUCGUUCUCAGUGGACAGGCAGGCAUGAUACUUUUGAGGUAUUAGUGGACCUCCUGCAAGCACUGGUGCUGUGCUUGGAUGCAGUGAGCAGUGACUUUUCUGUCAGGUGGAACAACUUCAUUGUCGGUCGAGCUUUUGUACUUUCAAGUGCACUAACAGAUUUUGAUUUCAUUGUCACUAUUGUAAUUAUGAAAAAUGUUCUGUCUUUUACAAGAGCAUUUGGAAAAAAUCUCCAGGGACAAACAUCAGAUGUGUUCUUUGCAGCUGGCAGCUUAACAGCAGUAUUGCACUCUCUGAAUGAAGUGAUGGAGAAUAUUGAAGUUUACCAUGAAUUUUGGUUUGAGGAAGCCACAAACUUGGCUACAAAACUGGAUGUACAAAUUAAACUCCCAGGAAAAUUUCUCAGGGCACAGCAGGGGAACUUUGACCCUGAUAUGACAUCAGAAAAUUACUACAAAGAAAUCCUAAGUGUCCCAACAGUAGAGCAUAUUAUUCAAGAACUAAAAGAUAUUUUCUCAGAACAACAUUUAAAAGCUCUGAAAUGUUUAUCAUUAGUGCCCUCAGUCAUGGGACAGCUCAAAUUCAACACGUCUGAGGAGCAUCACGCUGACAUGUUCAAAAAUGACUUGCCCAAUCCAGACACACUUUCUGCUGAGCUUCACUGUUGGAGAAUCAAGUGGAAGCACAGAGGAAAAGAUAUUGAACUUCCAGCUACUAUUUAUGAAGCACUUCACUUGCCCGACAUAAAGUUUUUCCCUAAUGUUUAUGCAUUGCUUAAAGUCUUGUGCUUACUUCCAGUGAUGAAGGUGGAGAAUGAGAAAUACGGACUAGGACGAAAGCGCCUAAAGGCAUACCUGAAAAACACCUUGACAGGGCAAAGGUCAAGCAACCUUGCUUUGCUCAACAUAAACAUUGACAUAAAACAUGACUUAGAUUUGAUGGUGGACACUUACAUUAAACUCUAUCCAGAAAAAGUGGAAUUUCAAGACUGUAUUCCUUCAAACAAUUCUGAAGUAACAGAUAAUGCCUAACUUUUUAAGCUCUAACCAAUCUAUAGAAACAGCUUCUUCUUAAUUAAGUUUCAAAGCUGGGGAGAAAAACCGGUGAAAUCUUAAAAAAUCACUGCAAUUGUGUUUCCAUUUUAGGCCUUGGGCUGAACAAGCUGUGGUCAAAGACCUAAAUUAUGUGGUGUUAGUCCAUACUAAAUGUGUUUGGCAAACAAAAUCAAGCCUGACACAAGCCCAUGCUCUUGGCAGAGGUGCUUUUUACAUCUGAUUGGCUUAACUAGGUGCUCUUUUACUUUAUUGCAUCGUGGAAAAAUUACAUUAUGAUUGUAGAUCUGAUGGGGCUGUUACAUAUUCACCGAUUAAUUAGGAUAAGAAAGAAAUUCAAACUAUUAAAAAGAAUAUAAUCUAUUUCAGUUCUGUUACUUAGGAUUUUUUUUAAAAAACCCAAGCUUUUAAGGAAGUCUUCGAUGUAUAUUUAAGUGGCAUUUUGGAGAAUGGAUUCAACUAUUGCACGAUGCCCAUGCUGUGGACAGGUCUCGGUGUAAAGUGAAUGUCAGUGAUAUAGGGGUACGUUUACGGUUUUGUUGGAAGAGUCAACCUCUUUAAUCUCUUGAUGACUGUUUACAUUCCUUUGUGUCAGACACAAAACUUUUUUUCUUUAGGCUUAACAGGCAUGGCAGGAGUAUUUAAGUUCUUAAAAGACACUAAAAACUUAACAUUUAUUCCACAAAUGUUUAAAUCUGUUUGCUCUGCCCCAACUCUGAUGCAAAUGCCAUCCAUAUUAUGGUAUGUUUAUUUGUAAACUCACUCUGGAAAGAUGAAAAUAAGAGUUUGUUGUUUGUCUAGAAGUAAGAUUGGAAAUAUUGCUGUUAUUUUUGGUGAGAAUGAAACUUUUUUGUACAGUUUAUGGAAAUUUAAAAUAAAAUGUGAAUUGCUUUUUACAUAGCAUUGGAUUUCCUAGUAAAGCUGCGCCUCUGGAAAUGUGUUCUGUAAAGGUGCCUUUUUAUUUUAGCAAUUUUUUCUUCAUUGUUUUUGCAAUUCUAGUGAGCAGCAUUUUCUGAAGACGGAGGAAACUGUGUGAUAGUACCACUGAUCUGCAUGGUCUGCAAGGUUUUUUAAAGUAUUUUGAGAUAGCACCAACUACAGUGCUUGUACUGAUAGAAGAUCUGACA